CUAUCAAACCCAAGCAGUCCUAGAAAAUGGACUUCUACAACUCCGUCCUCGCCGGCCUGCCGGAGAAUACCUGGAACACGCGGUGUAUCGCGCAGCUCCCCAUCGCGCAGGAUACCAACUUCACCAACGGGCUUAUUCAUCUGGUGGACGCGAAUGGUAGGCCGAUGAGCAGCUUCACGAGCGAUACGUGGGGCGUUGCGAUCGGGGAUUGCUACGAGUACUGUAACAUGGCGCGGGUUCCAUACUCGUUCGACUUCCAAGUCUUCGCCGCAGCAUUCACAAACUUCCUGCUUCCCUGGCUCGCCCUGACCGCGCAACUGCCCUACGAAACCAGCAGCCCCUGGGACAACCUGCUCUCGCUGUGCCUCUCGGUCGGCUCCCCUGCGCUGAUAACCUACUCGCUCGCCCUCACUAUCCUGAACCGCUACAGUCUGCGCACGCGCUGGCACACGCUCCAGCAAACAGCCCUCUCCCGCGCCGUCCACGACAAGUACUCCGACUUCAGCGUGCGCAUCAAAGCAAUCCAGUACCUCUUGCAAGAAGCGCAGCAAGUGCCGCUCCGAGCGAGCCAGGAGCGCGGUUGGCUGAGUAGUCUGAUCGUCGGACCGAAGAAUCAGGCAUGGUGGCGGAAUGUGCAGCGCAGACUCAUCCGAACGCGUCGCGGUGUUACGUUCUCUCUCGUUGCGCAGAUUCUGGCCGCGGGUAUUGCAUGGCUGUUUACGGUGACGAGUGCGUUCAUAGAGAGUCGCGGGGAUAGAGUGGUGGCGAAUCAACUGAGUAGCGGGACGCUGUGGCUUUGGUUGAUUCCAGUUAUUUGGGGAUGGGUGACGGUGGGGACGCAGAUUGGGAGCGACACUAUUGAUGAGGCGCUGAGGGCGGAUAUUGCGUACCGGGCGAAGGAACCUCCGAUUGCGAGCGAGUCGUCUGUCACCGAGAAAGGGGAGCAGCGGGGUAUCAUGGUCCGAUCCGUUCCACCGGUAACGAACCUAGAGCUGCCAGGAUGGAUGGGGGCCGACAUCAUGGGCGACGAGAAACACGAAGGGCCCAUCUUCAACUAUGCCAGGGUGUUCACCUGGUGGCAGCUAGCCCGGACCAUCGAAUUGGCCCUAACUACGUCCGUAAACAGCAUUGCCGCCGGACAGACUUGCAAGCCAUCACAGGAAAAAGAAAAUCUAGCUGGCGACUCCUACACUACGGCUCAGUAUUGUGGGCUCGAUUUGAGCCGUGGUCAGAUUCUGGCAUAUCCGGAGUGGGACGAAAUCACAGCGAACGUCUGGAAACGGAUCGCCAUUGCUAGUUUCGUUGCGAUAUUCGUCCAGUGGGGUACGACUGGCCCCGGGAUCCUGAUAGCGUACUUUACACCCACGAAGGGCGUUGGAUGUCGAACCGCCGGGUAUCUUGUAUAUGGUGGUCUGGCGACACUCGUCUGGAUAUUGCUGGCCGCAUCGAUGAUGUUUUCCCAUGCCGCGCUUCUGCGAUACCAGCGAGAACACCGCCUAGCGCCCUCGAUGGACUUCCGCAGACCGUCUAUAACUCCAACGGCGGAGCAAAGCCAAGCACCGCAAGGCUACGAGCGCACAAAGACUCAUUCACUCCUUUGCGGAUUGGCCGUCAUUACCCGCUUGCUUGGCAAGACCAUCGCGAUCGGAAAUACGAUCUGGCUGGUGCUCACUGCUUUGCUGGAAUACACGGGUGUCUAUGAUCGGUGCUACUGCCGAGGGAACCAGACGGGGCUUGGGAUAGAUAAGGGUUGGCUGGUGCUGUUCAAGACGGAGAAUGACCUGAGUGCCAUGGCGACGUCGCCCUGGGCUGGAGGCGUUGCUAUGAGUAUGCUUGUUUGCAUUGGAAGUUAUCUCUUCUUUUGGCUGGGAAGUCGGAGGAGCACGAGGGAGACUUGAUUGCUUCGCUGACCCUAGAGACACGGUUGAGGGGUAGCUUGGAGGGUCGUUACUGAGCAUUCUCCUUCCGCGGCGAUUUUGAGCAUGGGCUCUCAUUUCUGUUAAAUAGGCGGGGCCAUUGUUCAGUCGGCAGGACGGAGCUUGAAUGUCUUGUCUUGGUCGAGUAAUCUUCGAUCGAGCUUUCGAAGUAAGCUAGCGCUGCCUGUUCAGAGACUCAGCUGCCGGAAUCGACGUUG